AUGGCCUCGCAAAAAAAUAGUUACACCAACUUACUCCAAACUGAAUGUGUCCCCACAAAAGAUCAAACUGUUAUCAUUGAUGCCAUAGACGGUAUCCAAAUCCAUAAGUAUGCAAUCGCCAUCGGAACCAAAAUCGAACCAGAAAAUAUCCGCCACCUGUCACGAAUCGCGAGCAACCGAGUAUGCAUCUAUGUCGCAACCAAAGAAAUCGCCGACACCCUAGUAGUUGUCCACAAAACUGAUAAAUUGAGAGACACUGAAGUUAUUGUUCGACCACUCAUUUCUCGGAACAAAAGGGUAAUCCUCUCUAACGUUCCACCGAUAAUCCCCAGUGACAUCAUUCUUGCUAAGCUUAAUGAAUCAAAAAUAUGCCCGGUCUCAAGCAUUACGACAUUACGAGCUGGUUUAAACAUUCCUGGAUACCAACAUAUCAUGAGGUUUAGACGUCAGGCAUUUAUUAAGCCCGAAGACGUCAACAAAAUUCAUACGCUGUAG